AUGCCUCUGAAAGAUUGUCUUGCAAAGAGAUUUGAGCCGCUUCUCCGGCGUCUCGAGGAUAGCCUUGAAUACUGCGGCAACUUACAAAAAGCUCAAAAACUUCGCCAGAAACAACAGCAAUGGCGCACCUAUCAACCUCAACUUCGGGAGCGCUUCGAGUCCUACUACUUAACCGAGCAUGUCCUCCGCUGCCUCAUACAGCGCGAGGCCUAUUUACAAAUUAGGCAUAACACUCUCUUCCAGCAGCUGAACGAGAGCCGGUCAGUAGCAGAUACAUUGGUGACAGAGAUGGAGAGUAUUCAAAAAGACCUCCAACAUUUCAAUCGGGGUAUUUGGAAUGCGGAACUAGAGAUACAGAAGAUACUCCGAAACUUUCCAGAUGGGCCCUUGAAGCGUGCUCUACUGAAUGUGCAGACUUGGGUGGAUGUUGUGGGCGAGGGUGUGGUUGUUGCACGAGACCUCGAGGCUCUAAACGUCCAGAUCAUCUUGGGCAUUGCACGGUGA